AUGAAGUUUACCAACAUUGCUUUGGCUGGUGCCGCUGUUGGCCUUGCCCAAGCCGGCCCAGUCACCAAGCGUGCCAUCACCGAUGCCGACAUCCUCAACUACGCGUUGACUCUCGAGCACCUCGAGGCUGCUUUCUACGAGGAGGGUCUUAAGAACUACACCCAGGCUGACUUUGUCAACGCUGGGCUCAAGGACCCCUUCUAUGCCAACUUGCAGGAGGUUGGCAAGGACGAGCAGUCCCACGAGGCAUUCCUCACCUCGGCCCUGAAGGCCGCCGGUGCGUCCCCCGUUGCCCGAUGCAAUUACUCCUUCCCUGCUACAGAUGCGAAGUCGUUUGCUGGCCUUGCUAGUGUGUUGGAGGGUGUCGGUGUCAGCGCCUACCUCGGUGCCGCUGCCAGCAUCAUGGACAAGACAUACCUCACUGCGGCCGGCAGCAUCCUCACCGUCGAAGCCCGACACAGUGCGUACCUGCGUGCUGCCCUUGGCGAGGCACCCUCCGCUCAACCCUUCGACAACCCCCCUUGA